UUUGAAUUAGUAAGCGCACAUAAAUUUGAAAGAAAAAUCUCAAAUCUUUUACUAGUUUAGAAACACCCCACAUAUAUUGCAAUCGAAGAUGGCCACCCCACCGGUGGUGAACGGCGCCGUGAAAAUGGCCACUACCUCACAAGCAUAUAUUGAAAGCGGCAAGGUCCAAGAGACCAAGGCGCUGAUAUCGGACCUAUGCCGCCACUUCUACACUCAGGGCUGGGUCUCUGGUACCGGCGGUAGCAUCACCAUCAAAGUCCACGAUGACUCUAUUCCUAGACCCCAACAGCUUAUUGUCAUGUCCCCAUCUGGAGUACAGAAGGAAAGAAUGCUCGACGAGGACAUGUAUGUGUUGUCUCCAAGUGGGUUAAUUUUAUCUGAACCAUCUGCCAAGCCUUACCCAUAUAAGCCUCCCAAAUGUUCUGAUUGUGGUCCUCUGUUUUUGAAGGCAUAUGAGAUGCGUAAUGCUGGGGCUGUUAUCCAUAGUCAUGGAAUGGAAUCUUGCCUUGUAACAAUGAUGAAUCCAUCUGCCAAAGAAUUUCGGAUCACUCACAUGGAAAUGAUUAAAGGAAUUCAAGGGCAUGGUUACUAUGAUGAACUUGUGGUACCAAUCAUAGAGAACACUGCCCAUGAAAGGGAACUCACUGACUCUCUUAUGGAGGCUAUGAAAGCUUACCCAAAAACAACAGCUGUGCUGGUUCGAAACCAUGGGAUAUACAUAUGGGGAGACUCUUGGAUUAGUGCUAAGACACAGGCUGAAUGCUAUCACUACCUGUUUGAUGCUGCGAUUAAACUCAAUCAGUUAGGACUUGACUGGACAACAUCAACUCACGGCCCCAUUCGUAAACCUAUUGGUGCUUUUGGCAGUUUACAUAAUUCCAGGGCAUCAAGACGUUGCAUCCUUUUGGAUAUUGAAGGAACCACCACCCCAAUAUCAUUUGUAUCUGAUGUGCUGUUUCCUUAUGCUCGGGAUAAUGUGGGGAGACAUUUGGAUAUCACUUAUGACACUGCAGAAACUCGCGAUGACAUCAAAUUACUAAGAGCUCAAGUAAAAGAAGAUUUAGAUAAAGGGAUUGCCGGUGCUGUGGCUGUCCCUGCUGAAGAUGCAGGAAAAGAGGAGGUAGUGGCAGCUUUGGUUACCAAUGUGGACUCAAUGAUUAAAGCUGACCGUAAGAUUACUUCCUUAAAACAAUUACAGGGCCAUGUUUGGCGGACUGGGUUUCAGAAUAAUGAACUGGAGGCAAUUGUUUAUGAUGAUGUGCCUGAAGCCCUAGAAAAAUGGAAUGCUUUGGGUAUAAAGGUGUACAUAUAUUCGAGUGGUAGCAGAUUGGCACAGAGGCUCUUGUUUGGCAACACAAAGUAUGGGGACCUGAGAAAUUACCUUUCUGGAUUUUUUGAUACAACAGUGGGGAACAAGAAAGAAACAAAAAGCUAUAUUGAGAUUACACAGACCUUGGGAGUGGAUAACCCAUCAGAAAUCCUGUUUGUCACAGAUGUAUAUCAAGAAGCAGCUGCAGCCAAAUCUGCAGGUUUGGAGGUGAUCAUCUCGGUGCGCCCUGGAAAUGCACCUCUACCUGAAAACAAUGAGUUCAGGAUGGUGAAAACGUUUGCAGAUAUCUGAGAUGGACAAGAGUACGUACGCAUAAUGCGAUCAGAAUUGGAAGCUUAAUAGAUGCUUAGUAAAUGUUUGAUCAUCAUCAACGUAAAUAAAUGGGCAUUCCCCAUCUCAUGUAGUAAACUUUGAUGCAAGGAAGAGGGUAACAGGGCUGAAUCAAAUGCGUGGGUUUAUUGCGCCUCUCUCGCAGAACCUGAUGGUGCAUCUGGGUGGGAUCAAUCAAAUCAAAACAGAGUCUUUAAUAAUUGAAUUAAAAUGUUUCACUUUGUGCGAGGUUAUGGUUCACCAAAAGUAUACGCACUGAAAGCGCAUUCUCUCUUUCUUUAUUGAUGGAAACCACCAUUUUCAAGGGUCAGUUUUGGUGUUCGUUAUCAUGAGGUCAGUCACAUGAUCGAAUCCUAGAAAAAGAAAUUUUGACAUUCUUUCAAUUUAUAUAUAACUAAAAAAUAGAAAAUGUAAAAUACCAG